UAAAGUGACGCGAUAGCAGAACGUAAGAGAUUAUAAAACCCAAACACAUCCCAACGCUGCAGUUCACACGAUCACGACAUCGGGACACAGUCUUUCAAGCAAUAAACUACAAAAAACUAGUUAGUUUCAGGUAUACAAAUACUACAUUAGUUCUUAACGGUAUCGCGCAGGAACGUUGUUUUGGUAAUUUAACGACCCCGAAAAACGAUCCAGCAACAAGUAAUGCUGUCACCGGUAAGCCCUUCCAAAUGGCAAGUGCAAGACUUCUCAUCCACCGCCAGCCUCAUGUACAGUGAGAGUGACCAGACGGAAGAUGAAUCUGAGAUAUUCUCCUCUGAGGGCGAGUACACCUGCAGUCUGCCUGUUACAAAAAAAUCUCGUUUGGGCAAAAGGAGCAAACAAACUUCAAAAUCACCUCUGGAGUCUGUGGAUCAGGGAGACGUUUGUGUUGAAAACGGACGUCUGGGAGGUUCAUCAGUAUCUCCGGCAGUUCAGAGCUCCGCGUCAACAACAAAGAUUUCUACGGAAGGAGAUUUGAGAUUUGCAUGCAAAUGUUCAGAACUGCAUGGGUAUGUCAGGCCUCUCCUGGAGUUGUUAAAUGGAUUGAAAACUGGUCGAUUUGAAAAAGGGUUGAGCACAUUUCAGCAGAGCAUGGCCGUUGAGAGACUACGAAAGAUUCUGGGGGUUCUGCAGAAACCUGACCUCGGGGAUAAAUAUAUGGGGACUAUUCUACAGUUGGAGGUGUUGUUGAAGGCCUGGUUCCCUCAGGUGAUUCCACAACAUCAUGAUGGAACAUCAUCACUCCACAAUCCUAUGGCUAGGGUUCAACCACGUUGGAAUCAGGACCAGUUGCAUAUUCCUGUAAAGAAACGCAGAUUGAGCUGGUCAGAUUCCGAAUCGCAAAGUUCGCCAAGCUGCAAGCGCUUUCACGAGGAGGAACGAGGACAGAGCCUCGGUGACACCAGCUCGUGGCUCAGCAGCUCUGAAACCACCCCCAGUGACCUAGAAGAUGACAACGGCAUCUGUGCAAUUCGAAAGGAAAGGGCAUCUGAACUUGAACUCGCUGAAAAUGUUAGUGUCCACCCACUACAGCAGAAGACAGACUCCUUAAAUGUUGCCCCCGCAACGAGAACAACAGGAAAUCCACCUCCGCUUGUAAUUCCAACCUCAGCUAAAGAUGGCAGCAAUGUUGGUACCCAAGACUGUUCAGUGUCCUCCACAACUCCUACUUCCGACUCACCAGCAGACUCGGAGGUGGAUGAAAGAGAUCAGCUAUUGCAACACAGAGCUGUAGUAAAUCGGUGAAAGGGGGACCAAAAAAGUUAAUCACAAAUGUUAUCACGCAAAGCGUUAAGGAAUUUCCUUGCCUAAGGGAAUGAAUCAAUUGAACUAGCCUUUUCUAAAGCCUGUUGAUGGUCAGGCACUCAUUCACAAAGUGAAACAGUUAUUUUAUAACAGUCUGAUUUUACAUUCUUCUACUUAAAUGCACAUGUGGUAUUGUGAAAGAUUAUACACGUCCUAAAGGACCAGAACAGUGUCUUACAGAUGUGUUGACAUUCGCUGUUAUGAACCACUCUUCUGCACUGCCUUCUAUUUUAACACAAUAUCAUAUAUCUCUCCUAUAAAGAACAUCCAACCAAAAAAGCCAGACAUAUGCAAAAUAAUUUGCUGGUAAAAUGUGCUGAAGCUUGAUAUGUGUUGUGAUGAACCUGAGUGUUCUUUAAGCUGGAUGAAAAAUCCACCUCGACACAGGAUGAUUGGAAAAUGCAUUAUGUUGGAUAUUCUCAAGACAGUUGUAUUUAUUUGGUCAUUACUUGAAGACAGUGAAUUCACUUAAACGGCCUUAAAAUGACCCGUAGGAAGUCAGGAUUGUGGACUGUAGACCUUUAUCUAAACUUUAUAUUAUAUUUAUUAAGACUGAUUUUUAAGUCUCGGGAACAUCAAACGUUGUGAUACUUGGAUGUAUAACGUAUCGUUUGUAGAGCGCAAAUGGUAAUUUAUUGAAAACAUUCUUGUCAAAAACAGUUUGCACAUUUGUAUUGCUUCCAUGUUAAACUUUAAUUAUACGUAGGUUUGUUACAAAAUCUAUAGGUUUUAUUACAAGACAUCGGCACAAUUGGUUCCGUCUUGCUUGAAUUUUGAGUCUUGAAUUUUUGUGGAUCAAAGCAUUGUGUGACGUCACGCACUGUAAAGAGCACACUGCAUAGCUAUUGGAGGAUUUUGAGUUGAGAUGUAGAAAUUAUUUUAACAUUAAAGGACAGUAUUUAGUAGAAGUGUCGUGAAGAUCUUGCAUGAGAAACGUCCUGGGAAUAUCGACUUGAGACUUAUGUAGUAAAGUCAUUGUGCAGUUGAAUGAGAUACAAUAUAUAUAGCGUAUACUGUUGGAAUCUCACUAUUGAGAUUGGGUCUAAAAGGGAAAAGAGUUUAUGAUAAUGUAUUGUGAAAAAUGUGGAAUUCUAUUUAAGAAUGGUAAUAUUUUUUGCAGGAUACAACCACUUGUCAGACUGUUAAGCAUUACUUUUAUACUUUGUACUCGUUUGAUCUUUAUCCGAAACAUUUUUUCUUGUAAAGAGACAUGUUCGACUUUUCAAUAUCAUUAAAGGUUUCGUAUGGCCUGCAUUGCCAUGUUCUGCAAA